UCGAGUUGUUUCGCAUUUCAAGUAUUUGUAGGCCUCUGACACCUCAACACACACACAAAAUUCAAAAGUGAUUUCUUGCCGACUAAGAGGCCGCCAUGCCAACCUUAAAGUUGCGUAUCGGUCUGCCCUCGAGGCGAACGAUGGGCAGCAUCUGCAUCUGCGGAGCACUCGCCUCCAUCUCGGGCCUGGCCUACAUGCGCUGGCGACUGGAGGACCGUGUGCGCCAGACGGAGUUCUACCAGUUGGCCAUUCAGCAGCUGCGCCAGCACAGUGGAGCCGUGGGUCUGCUGGGCGAGCCCAUCAAGGAGUCGGGCUUCAAUCUUUCCAACGAGAAGAAUCGCUGCGACGAGGACAAGGCCCAGCUGCAGUUCCAUGUCCAGGGACCCAAGGACAGGGGCACCGUCUACUUCUGGGCCUCUAACAACCAGAAACAGGGCUGGCUGAUCGAUCGCCUGGAGCUCGAGACGAGGCAGAAUCCGAACACACGCUACCUGCUCAAGAAGCCCCCGAACUACUCGCUGGUCAGCAGUGAUGGGGAUCCGGAUCCCCCUAAUGCCGAGUCCUCCGAGGAAACCCAGCAGCCGCAGACGCCGCUCGAGCCGCAGGAGCAGGUGGAGAUGGAGGACAAGGAGCAGGAGCCGACAGUCCACCAGCACCCGAGUAUUCAGAACAAUCCUCCGCAACAACUGCAUCAGCAGCGGGGUCAGGAACCAGUGCCCCACGUUCACACGGCGGAGGGCUGAUCAAACCGGGGCAACUCUCAGGAAGAGCUUUUCAUUUUGGCCUCAAAUAUCAAUAUUAUAAUUCAAUUACUCAGUGCUUUCAGUUGAUCCAACUAAUUAUUCAUUAAAGUAUAUUGGUUUAUAGUUA